GUUUAUAUGUUCAGCCCAACCCCAUCGUGACUGAAAAGGGGUGGAUGACGAGAGUGUGUGCACAACGGCAGCUGGACGCGAAGCCCCCACGGUGGUGCGCUUGGAGCGGCCAACUCAGCUUGGUAGAGUCCGCUCCAGACUCUUCCCCCCUAAACUGAACUAUCAUCAUUAUGUGUUCUCAUCUCAGUAUUUAUUGUAAACUUUAGCUUCCUGCAUCUCAAUAUUUAGUAGAGAGACAACUUCAUCCCCAGGAAGAUGUCCACGUCGAACCUCAACUCCUCGCCACCCAGCCACAGCUACUUCUCGGCGGCCACCAACGGCCGGACGGAGGUGUCUGCGGAGGGACGUGUCCGUCUUUUGCUUUUCGCUGUGUGCGUAACCAUAGCCGCUGCCACCUUUGUCGGUGGCGUUUAUUCGCUCCUGUCCCUGCUGCAGAUGAGGAGGAAAACAUCCCUGAGUCUCAUCGUGGCUUCCAUGUCAGUGGACGACCUGCUCAGCGUAGUUCCGCUAUCCCUCUUCAUCCUCCUCCAGUGGGAGCGGGACGGAGGUUCCGCCACCUUGUGCACACUCGCCGGGCUCCUCUACGUUUUUCAGGGAGUUUCAAGCAACAUGAAAGCCUGCCUGAUCGCUGGCUACACUUUUUACGUGACCAAGAGGUUCGGGGUGCUGCGCUCGGUCCGACGACCCCUCCGUGUGAUGUGGGCCAUCGCCGGUGUGUGGGCGGUCAGCCUAGCUGUUAGCGUACUGCCCUUGUGCGGCUGGGGCAGCUUCGCACAGGCUCCCCUAGGCUGCUUCCCGGAGAGUGAAAGCUUUUACACCUUGCUGCUCUUCCUCUUGUAUUCGCUGUGCUUUUGCGGAUUGCUGUUCUUCUUCCUGCCGCUCACCUACCAGCUUCUGUGCUCCGGGGAGCCGCAGAGGAGCUUGCAGUGCGCGGGAUAUCUGGCCGACGUCCGAUCGCUCUCCCGGGACAGCCUGGACAAAAGUUUCGGCGUCUACAACGAACUGAGCCCGGGUUCGUGCGAGACGACGUGCGAGAUCAAGGAGGAGAAGGGGGCGUAUGUGGGGUCGCCGGCGUCGUACUGCGGACCACAGUCGGCGACUGUGGAGGACACGCCGGUGGUUUUUGCGCAAAAACGCUUCUCCAUGAUCCUGGCGGUUGUCAGGGUUACAUUGUGGAUGCCAACGAUGACUCUGAUGCUGGUGCGUCAUGCCGCCAAUGCACGAAGCUCGUCUCUUGAGACGCUUGGCUUCUUCCUCACGUUGCUGGCGCCUGCCAUCACGCCACUCUUUGUGCUGUCCAAGCGCUGGAUCCACAUGCCGUGCGGCUGUUUCAUUAAUUGCAAUCAUGACCCAACACCAGAUCCCUCAGCAAUGAAAAGAAGAUUUGAGUUCAACCUUUCCCUCCAGAAAAGUUGUGGUGUGUUCAAGCUGUCACAUGGUCCAAUAUCUCACAGCAACACGCAAGCUGAGAACCGAGCCUACCACAGCCUGUUCAACAGCGACUUCCCAACCAGUCGCCUGGAUAAGCUUGAGCACGGUGGGCUCUGCAGCCUGGGCCCAAAUUUUGCUGUCAGUGCUCGACUGCCGGUUGACAGCUCCUUUCAUUCAGACCUCUUGUUAGAAGAUGUUAGCAGUGGCGGAGAGGCACUGGCUGAUUGUCCUCCGCUUUCCCACGAGCACCAUGAAGGUCAAGAGGGCUUCCACGAUUCUCCCUCCUACCCUUUUAAUCCCCGGGAAAGGGAGCGCCAUCUCACUGACACCUCGUCUGUUUUCGAGAGCUCUGAGAGGAGACUGUCGCAUGAAGAUGGCCGAAAAAUUGAGCUAACAGAUUGGGAGUGGUGCAGGAGCAAAUCAGAGAGAACACCCAGACAGAGGUCAUCAGCUGGUCUGUCCAUCCCGCUGUGCGCCUUCCAGGGAACUGUGUCUCUGCAAGCCCCCACUGGGAAGACACUCUCUUUGUCCACCUAUGAGGUCAGCAGCGAUGGACUGAAAAUCUCCCCCAACAAUGCCAAAAAGGUGGAGGUGUAUCGUUCCAAAUCGGUGGGCCACGAGCCCAUGGCAGAUGACAAAGUGCCCGGAGGCCAGACAGGUGAAGUAAACAUAAGUGGCGUCAAUAUGGGACUGGAUAUCGGAAUGGGCAUCGGAGCCGGGGUUGGGGACACCAACGUAAAGAUCCACCUAGAGGUCCUGGAGAUCUGUGACAAUGAGGAGGCCAUGGACAGUGUCUCUAUUGUGUCCAAUAUCAGCCAGUCGUCCACCCACGCCCGCUCGCCGUCACUGCGUUACUCCCGUAGGGAAAAUCGCUUCGUUUCCUGCGACUUAGGCGAAACGGCCUCCUACUCCUUGCUUAUCCCCACCACUGGCAAUCCGGAGACUGAGGCAAUCAACAUCACAAUACCCGACACGGUCGAGGCUCAUCGGCAGAACAGUCGGAGACAGACACAGGGGAGUUCGGGAUAUCAGGAGGAAAUCCAGCUGCUCAACGAAGCCUACAGAAAACAAUCUGGAGACACGGAUGACUGAAAUUCUCCACAGACCCUUGGCUAAGAAAGACCUCUGCCAAGGUCAAAAUGUAAUCAACCUUGUUUGUCUUUUUGUUGUCUUAAGUGGAUGAAAGGCUGACUUCACUUGGGGCUAGUCACCAAUUACUGUGGACAUACAAUAUACCAAUUUUCUAUUGCUAGAUGAGAAUUUGGAUGUAAAUUAACAUUUACAUUUUGAGCUUUGCUUUUGGGCUAAAUGACAUGGAUUAAUUUAUCAAUCUUAGAUGAGCUAGAGAUGAACAAAAACUCUAAAAUGCCUAAACCCUCCACAUGAAGAAGUUCUUCUCACCCAGAGAGAUCCGUUCCACACAGCGAGAAGGGAAUUGGUUUGUUUUUGCUUAGUCCUGCUGUCUGACAUACAAGCACACAAACAGCAAUCAAUACAAAACCUACUGCCAGUUUUAUUGCGCUUUGCGGGGGCAAAGAUAGUGGAGUUUUGAUGAAGGAAAACUGAGCUAUCACUCGAUGCAAGCUGAGGUAAAUGGAUUUGGGCAUGUUUAAGGGUGACUAUGUGGUCACAUGUCUAAUGCCACCAAAAACCGAGCCGCUAGGGGACAGGUCAUAUGACCCAUGUGUCUGACUCAUCCCUGUGUGUGUAUUUUUGUGUGUUUCAUUACAAAAAGUCGCCUCGCCUACGAUCGUGCAAAGCUGAUGAUAGUAAUGGAUUUUGAUCUGCUGCCACGUUUUGUUUUAAUUAUGCUGUUUCUAUUUGCCUUCACAUCUAUUAUGUAUAACUUGUUCAGUGUUUUGUUUAUCAAAUGAAAAACUGCAAAGUGAAAUGGCAAGAGGUGCUAAGGAAGAGGUGAAAACCUCUGGAAACUGGAAGACUUCGAGGGACUGUUGCAGUAGAAAAUUAGACUGACUGCACCGUGCGCAGUGUGUUUUGUACUACACACAGGAAUGUACAGUACCGCAAUCACAGGAGCAAUUUGAGGCUCCCUUUCUAUCAAAUCAGUGAGCCAUACCUGGGGACUGCUUGCAUCCAUGCAUAAAUCCACAAUCUGUAUUUCCAAAGUCAUAUGCAUUUCAACAUUUUGAACAGUUUGAAUUCUCAUCAGCUGGUGGGCCUCUAUCAGAGCCAAAUAUGCCUCAGUUUCCCCCAAUAAUAAAAAUACCAUUACCUCUAUGCGUGUAACAGUAAAAUAUUAAUUCCAGACCAAUUUAAAAAUACUUUGUAUGUGCUUUGUAGUUGGUCUUGUAUACAUAGUCUUUUGGGCAGUGACAUGCAAGCUCAAUCAUCCUAUGGCGAGUGCAGCUCAUAUGAUGCAACAUGUUAUUCCCUCUGAAGAACAUUUUUGUUAAAAGAUUCAGUGAGAGGAAAUCGCCUCCGACUGGCAUACAUGCGUGAGAGUUGUAGGAGAACCGCAGCAGUUGGAAUGGAGGUAAACGAUAAAUUAAACUAUUGCAACAAAGGGUUUAAAUAGAGCAGCAGAGGUAUUAUGACUCAGUUAUCUGCUCAAGUCUCACAUUUGAUUAAUCGCUGUGUCAAAUCAUUCUAUAAAUGUUUGGCUUUUUGUCAGUGGAAAUUCAGGGUUUGCACAUAUGCUGCACAAUUCUCAAAUAUUUUAUUCAUUUGUGUUUACCACCUGGAUCAGAGCACAACAAAAGUCACAACUGGGAUUCCUUAUUUGAAGAAAAAGAGAUAAAACAGAAAUUAAAGUACUUACUGUAGGCUUGCAUUUGUUGCUGUGAGGUGAUUAUUCCGCAACAGUCCUCUACAGAUGUGUUUUUUUGUUCUUGCUUUAUUAUUGCAUACAGAGAACCUAUAAUUUUCUUUUACAGUUUAAAACAGUUCUUUGGAUUUUUUUUUUCUUGAACCUGUCCAGUUCAGCUGUUUGACACGGAGAAUGGAAGUCUAAGUGUCUGGAUUAGAGUUGUCCUGAUCCAAUAUUUGGAUCGGAUCGACCGCCGAUAUGUGCAAAAAAAUGGGCAUCGGUAUCAGAUCGGCUGACACGGAAAAAUUCCGAUCCAGAUCCCCGAUCCAGUUUUUUUUUUUUAAGUAUCCGGUCCGGGUUUUUCAGCGCACCGAUUUACAUAAUCCAUUCCAGUUUUUGCUUUGGUUUCCCUAAAAUCCGGUCCGCAUUUUAUGACACACCUUCAUUUUUUAAAAGCCUUGGUACAGUUGUUCAAGAGCAGAGAACUGAUGCGGAGUUAAUAGUUCAUUUUCCAUGGAGGUUGUUCGUGCGUUUUGCUUUUUUAAGACAGUUUACAAUAUUAUUUGCAUGUUUUACUGACUGAAUAUGCCAUUUCUGUUUGUUAUUUAUAAUGUUUUGUGUUUAUCACUGA